ACUACUGUGCAUUAGCAGGACAGUCACACAUGACGGGGCCCUGUUCUGCUGGAUACUACUGCAGCGCAGGGGUCUCCACCUCAACCCCUGCUGAUGGUCUGGUGGGGAAUGUGUGUCCCAAAGGAAAUUAUUGUCCUAUGGGGUCUGUCCUGCCACGACCAUGUCCCCUCGGCUACUACAGCAACUCUACGGGCAACAUGGAGAUUGAAGACUGCCUCCUGUGUGAUGCAGGGUACUUCUGCAAUAGGACCGGGCUCUCGUCCCCCACGGGUCUCUGUGGAGCUGGGUUCUACUGCAGUGGAGGAGCUGUUUCCCCUCAGUCUCCCAUGACGACGAGCAGUGGGGGGCCGUGCCCACCAGGACACUACUGCGUGGUGGGCAGCAGCAGAGCUCAGCCUUGCCCUGCAGGAAGCUACAGCCCGUUCUGGGGCAUGGCACAGUGCUUCAAAUGCCCAGAAGGCUUUUAUUGUAAGGCUGGUUCCACUAAUUACACAGCCUGUCCCACAGGACAUUACUGUCCAAAGAAUACAGAGUUUGGCACACAGUUCCCUUGUCCACGGGGAACCUACAGUGACGCCUUCAACAUCUGGGAUGCCUCCAAGUGCCAGCUGUGCCCCCCUGGAAAGGUCUGCUCCAAGCCGGGCUUGACGAGUCCAGAUGCACUGUGUAUGCCUGGAUGGUUUUGCCCACCUGGAUCCACAUCAACCAAGCCAGUAUUCCCAGGAAGUUUCCCUGCAGAGGCAGGUGCUGCAGCUUCUGGAUCUCUCGGGCUGUGCCAAGCUGGAACAUUUUGUCCAGGGGGGUCAGCCAUCCCUAUUCCCUGCACUCCAGGGUGGUACUGUGCCUCUCCCGAGCUGGCUGCUCCCUCUGGUCCCUGCGAUGCUGGCUUCUACUGCACAGGGGGCUCCACGCUGCCCAACCCCAUGGAUGGAGCGGUGGGCAACAUUUGUCCUCGAGGCCACUUCUGUCCUCAGGGGAGUUCAUCUCCCUCUCCAUGUCCCCCGGGCUCUUUUUUGGCCCAACGUGGUGGCCAGUCAGCCCAAGAUUGCCAGCUCUGUUUGGCAGGCUGGUUCUGCUCUCUCCGAGGUCAAAGCUCACCAGAGGGAUUGUGUAAGGAAGGAUGGUUUUGCCCACUGGGGUCUGCGUCAGGCCGGAGUCCAGAUCAUGUGUGUCCUGCAGGCCACUACUGCCCCGCAGGCAGCCCAGAGCCCAAACCCUGCCCCGCUGGAAAAUACCAGGACCAGACUGGUCAAAGCCAGUGCAAAACAUGUCCAGCAGGAAAGUUCUGCGGCCAAAAAGACCAGACACAAGACCACAAAGACACCUCUUCUCAUGGACUCGCCAAACCAGCGGACUGCCCAGCUGGGUACUACUGUCCCUCAGGAACAAAAGCUGCCAGGCAGUACCCCUGCCCUGAGGGCACCUUCAGUAACCAGACGGGGCUGCAGAGCUCCCAUGAAUGCCAGCCUUGUCCUGCAGGGAAAUUCUGUGCAAAUGCAGGCCUCUCAGCUCCGAGUGGUCCAUGUUCCCCUGGACACUACUGCACUUUGAAAGCACAUAUACCCAAUCCCAUGCACGAUGAAACUGGAGACCUGUGCCCGGCAGGACACUUCUGCCCACUGGGUAGCAGCAGCCCAGUGCUGUGCCCCACAGGCACUUUUCUACCCCAAACCGGGAUGGCAUCUCGUAACGCCUGUCUGCCCUGCCUGGGGGGGAAGUUCUGCCAGGGAGAAGGGAUGGCCGAUGUUUCAGGAACCUGUCAUGCUGGGUAUUACUGCCCUCUGGGAUCCACAAAACCUGACCAGGAACUCUGCCCCACUGGCUUCUACUGCCCCAAAGGCUCGGAGCUGCCAGUCCCCUGUGACUCUGGAAGUCUCAACCCCCAUGCUGGGAGAUGGCAUCCCACAGACUGCCAGCUCUGUCCUGCUGGACACUUUUGCAGCGGGUUUGGAAGACCUGCUCCAGAAGGACCAUGCUCUGCUGGUUUCUACUGCCCACCAGGCCAGACCUCAGCCAUUCCUGCAUCCUACCGCUGCCCCCAAGACUACUACUGCCCUGCAGGAUCUGCCAUGCCCGUGCCGUGUGAGAGGGGAACCUACCAGCCCCAGGAAGGGAAAGACUCGUGUGAUCUCUGCCCAGCAGGACUCUUCUGUGAACCAUCCAACAAAAGUUCAGGGGUGCAGCUGCCCAGGCCAUGCCCCGUGGGGUAUUUCUGUCCACCGGGCACCAGCUUCAGUACAGAACACCCGUGUCCAAGGGGCACCUUUGGACCAAAGCCGGGUGCCACUCAUGAAUCUGACUGUGAGCCCUGCCCCGCAGGCAUGUAUUGCUCAGCUCCAGGUUUGACCCAGCCAUCUGGGUUUUGCCAUUCGGGCUAUUAUUGCACCAAGGGAGCCAUCACCCCAGCCCCCAUCAGACACCGGGUUGAGUCUGCUGGCCUUUCUCCUCCUGGAAAUGACAUCUGCCCUCCUGGGCAUUUCUGCCCCAAUGGUACCAGCUAUCCCAUUCCCUGUCCUCCUGGAUCCUACUCCUCUUCGCUGGGUCUGGCGGCAGAGGAUCAGUGUCAGCUCUGUCCAGCGGGGCGGUACUGCAAUCGGGCAGGCCUGUCCGAUCUGUCCCAGGCAUCGCUGUGUAGUGCAGGGUACGUUUGUCUCGAAGGCAGCUCUGGCCCCUGCCCCUCUAAUGGUCUUCAUGGGUACAGAUGCCCAAGUGGCUUCUACUGUCCUACUGGGACCGGACUGGAGAUACCCUGUGAGCCUGGCAUGUUCAGCCCAAUGCCUGGAGCAAGCGUAUGCCUCCCAUGCCCCGCUGGUGUGACUUGCAGACAUGCUGCCACUGUAAAGCCACUCAGCUGCCCCCAAGGUUACUAUUGUCCAUCUCAGACCGCCAUGCCCCUGCCAUGCCCUGAGGGUACCCUGAACACCUUGGAGGGGGCACUGUCCCCUGCAGCAUGCAGGCCAUGCCCGGUGGGGAGGUACUGUCGGGGCCAUGCGAACUGGGAGCCGGAUGGGUUGUGUUCAGCUGGAUAUUACUGCGCAGGAGGGGCUGCUGACGCUGUCCCACGCAGGACCCCUGGGUUCCCACUCAAUGGGCCCUGCCCCCUUGGGCACUACUGUCCAGAGGGCACUCUCUUCCCUGUCGCCUGCCCAGUGGGCACCCUAAAUAACUCCACAGGCUGCUCCUCCCAGGACAGCUGUGUGCCGUGCUAUCCCGGCUUCUUCUGCGCUAGCGUCGGUCUGAGCUCACCCACGGGACCUUGUGCUGCCGGGUUUUACUGCCCAGCCAACUUCAGCUCCUUCAGCCCCACUGCCUUCCUCUGCCCGAAGGGUCACUUCUGUACUUCAGGGGCUGCCUACCCUACCUCAUGCCCCACCGGGGAGUACCAGCCAAAUAGGGGGUCGGAGUCCUGCAUCCCCUGCCAGCCGGGUUUCUACUGCCAGGAGACAGUCUCAGGAGACCCCAAACACUGCCCACCACACACCUACUGUCCAGCAGGCACCCUAGUUCCUUAUCCAUGCCCUGAUGGCACAUUUACUCCUCCGAACAAAACUGGUCUGCAAGACGAGAGGGAAUGCCUGGCCUGCUCGGCUGGUCACUACUGCAGGUCACAGUUCUCCCUGCUGCACUGUCGUUUUGGUUGUAUUUUUUUGCUCCCCACCCUCAACUGUUGCACAGCGUUGUUACGUGCUGUCAGGCAGCUGCGGGUUCCACCUCAGAAGCAGCCGCAUGCUAAUCGUGGUGCAGCAGUCCCAAAGUACAAUAGUCUCGGUGCUGAAACCCUUACACAGGGCCUGAUUUAUGGCUCUAUGUAAUAAUCUAUGAAGGAA